AUGGAGCCGGCCCCCUCCGGCGACCCCGAGCUGCAGCCCCAGCUCCUCGCCAACGCGUCGGACGCCUUCCCCAGCGCCUUCCCCAGCGCGGGUGCCAACGCGUCGGGGCCGCCAGGAGCACGGAGCGCCUCGUCCCUUGCCCUGGCUAUCUCCAUCACCGCGCUCUACUCGGCGGUUUGCGCCGUGGGGCUCCUGGGCAACGUGCUCGUCAUGUUCGGGAUCGUCCGGUACACUAAGAUGAAGACGGCCACCAACAUCUACAUUUUCAACCUGGCCUUGGCAGACGCCCUGGCCACCAGCACACUGCCCUUCCAGAGUGCCAAGUACCUGAUGGAGACAUGGCCCUUUGGGGAACUGCUCUGCAAGGUCGUGCUGUCCAUUGACUACUACAACAUGUUCACCAGCAUCUUCACGCUCACCAUGAUGAGCGUUGACCGCUACAUUGCCGUCUGCCACCCCGUCAAGGCCCUGGACUUCCGCACCCCUGCCAAGGCCAAGCUGAUCAACAUCUGCAUCUGGGUCCUGGCCUCCGGUGUCGGUGUACCCAUCAUGGUCAUGGCUGUGACCCGCCCCCGGGAAGGAGCAGUGGUGUGCAUGCUCCAGUUCCCCAACCCCAGCUGGUACUGGGACACGGUGACCAAGAUCUGCGUGUUCCUCUUCGCCUUCGUCGUGCCCAUCCUGGUCAUCACCGUGUGCUACGGCCUCAUGCUGCUGCGCCUGCGCAGCGUGCGCCUGCUGUCGGGCUCCAAGGAGAAGGACCGCAGUCUGCGGCGCAUCACCCGCAUGGUGCUGGUGGUGGUGGGCGCCUUCGUGGUGUGCUGGGCCCCCAUCCACAUCUUCGUCAUCGUCUGGACGCUGGUGGACAUCGACCGCCGCGACCCGCUCGUGGUGGCCGCGCUGCACCUGUGCAUCGCGCUUGGCUACGCCAACAGCAGCCUCAACCCCGUGCUCUACGCCUUCCUCGACGAGAACUUCAAGCGCUGCUUCCGCCAGCUCUGCCGCAUGCCCUGCGGCCGCCGGGAGCCCAGCAGCUUCAGCCGCGCCCGGCAAGCCACGGCCCGCGAACGGGUCACCGCCUGCACCCCGUCCGACGGCCCCGGCGGUGGCGCAGCCGCCUGA